GAGAGAGAGAGGGAGACAGCAACAUAGGGUGUUGAACACGCUGAACAAGCAGUCACUCCAGGAGUCACAUUGUUACCCAUCACAUCUAUUUUCCCAGGACAAGUGGAUGUGAGCAGUGUGCAAAUAUUGACCGAUGAGAAUAUUUGGAUCUAAAGCCUUGUGAGACAAGCUGAUUGAUUUUUGUGGGAGUAGAUCAGUUUGUUGGCCAACAGUCUGCUGGGGAAAGAAAAGUUGCCAUGGAAACUAUUUUGCUCUUCCUCUCUUCUCUCCUGGUGUGUGUGGCUGCUGUAACAAACCAGAGUGCACAGGAUGAAACGCAAAAAGAUGAAAACCCGUUUAUAUAUGAUUACGAGAGCCUGAGGAUCGGGGGAUUGGCGUUGGCUGUGGUUCUGUUCACCCUGGGUAUUCUCCUCAUCCUCAGUCGACGAUGCCGCUGCAGCAUUAACAAGAAGCCCAGUGCCCCCGGAGACGAGGAACAACAGGAGGAGAACCUGAUUGUCUCAAAGGUUGCAGCCGCUGCCAAAGAGACUCCGGCAGAGAACUGAUCGAACGACACCGGACAAAGCGGCCUUCUGAUGUGAUGCUCUAUUUUAUUUGACAUAAAGCCACAAAACAGUGAAUCCAUGGAUUAUUAAUAUAAUGGUUAUGUCAGGGAAUGAGGUAAUACAUUUAUAGUUGUAAUAUGUAUAUUAAUCUCACCUGUUGUGCUCUGUUCAGUUGUGCCAGUCCCUCAGUGCUCUUGUUUGUUUCUGUGCCUUUGUGUGACAGUCUUACUCCGUGUCGUCUUAGCUGAUAGCACCUUUGACACAAGAUUGUCUUUGAAGAAUUUUAAUGUUGUGAGGUCUGUUGUUCUAUGUUUUUAUCUAUUGCCUAGGUUUUAGGAGUUGUCUGUUGUCAAUUUUGUCAGUUCAGCAUCACAUGGCAGCCAUUUUGUUCUGACAUCAGGCUGAAGGUUCCUGACUGAUAAGCAUUUAAAAAGACAAUGCAAAGUGGAAAUCCAGAGGGAAAUUAAAAUAACACAAUUGGUAACCGAUUAGCUACCAUUACAUAACAGCUAAUGUUAGCAUCACUGCGCUUACAAGCUAAUAGACUACUACAGCUAGCAAAGAAGUGGCUAAAUACUAAGAUUCCCUUUUUGUGGCACAAUAGAAAAGAAAAGGCAAAAUUAAGUGAUAGUUAUGAGUUACUUGUCAUUGUAGGUAUAUUAGCCACCGGAGAUGUUGGUCAGCCCCUCUAUAGAGAAAAACUUCAGGAGCGCAGACAAGGAAGCUAGGCAAACCUUGAAGGAGACAGUUACGUUUGCUCCACAUAAUUCAGCUAAUUUUAAUAAAAACCAAGCCACUAAACAACAUUGGGUGCAUGUACGCUAUAUUGAAAAAUCACACUGAUAAGCUGUUUUGUUCUGCGGGCUUCGAAAGAGAGAACAAAUACAUCCAAACUAAAACAUGAGUGGUUAUUACAGCAACUAUGGCAUGCCAUUUCCUGUUUACCAUUCAGAAACAGAGGGGUGACGUCACUCAGGCUUCAACCAUGUUUUGUUAUUUGUUUUUUGGCUCUGUUUUUUUC